GGGUGGCUUAUGGGGUCCUCUGGAUGCUAAUCUCUGUACUCUUAUUUUCUUUCUUCAAGGAGAAGGUGAGAGCGCCCUGCGGAGUGAAGCUUGUGUACUACGUCUGCUCUGGGCCAGUGAUCCAGCUCCUGGGAGCCUUCAGCAACAGACAGCCAGGGGGACAGCUUGAAACUCUGGAGGACUUGAUGAAGGUCAGCUCAACCAGGAGGCAGAGAAAGCCCACGACUUCGCCCCCUGCCAGUUGUCAGAGCGACUUCAUGGAAACUGAGAGUGAGGAGCCUCUUCAGCAGGGUACAGAGGACCCAGGUGAGCAGGACACUAUGCCUCUGGAUGCUGGAGUGCGAUCCACCGUGGUCCGUACCAUGCAGGAGGUGCUGUGGACUCGCGUCCAGGAGCUUCCGGACCUGCCACUGAGGAAGGAAGAAGUAGCCAGCAUUGCAGAGGACAUUGAAGCAGCCCUUUUCCAUCUGACCCAAGACACCAACCUUCGCUACAAGACCAAGUACCGAAGCCUGCUCUUCAACCUGAAAGAUCCCCGAAACUCUGACCUGAUUCUCAAAGUGGCUCAGUGUGAUGUCAGCCCUCAGGACCUGGUACAGAUGAGCUCAAUCCAGCUGGCCCCCAAGGAGCUGUCCCGCUGGCGGGACCAGGAGGAAAGAAGGGGCCUGGACAUCAUUGAGCAACAACAGAAGGAGCUGUAUAGACUUCCCACCUCCAAACUGACUCACAAGGGUGAGGUAGAGAUCCCACGGGACUCAGACCAGAUGCUGACCCUAGAGGACCUGAUGGAACCCAUGAUGCCCCGAGAGUUCAGCCCACAGGCCCUGACAUUCCCCCUGGAGGACACUACAGAGCAGCACCAGCACCAUUUCUGGGACUCAAACUGCCACACCUGCAAGGAUGGGAAGGAAGGCAGGACGGAUGUCAGCAGUAGGGGGCUGGAGUCACAUGUGGACAUCAGCCACAGCAUGGAUUGGAAAUCCUCAACUAAACUUCCAGCCUUCUCCGAAGCCAUUGUGAAUAAAGAGGAAAAUGUCAUCCAGAAAGCCCCAGGUCCAGCUCCUGUAUCCUCUCCAGAGAUGCUCAAGACUGGGGAGACACCUUCCAAGGAACCACGGGACAGGCUCCAGAUGCCUGCUGGGCCCAAAAAUGUCCCACCCAGUCCUCCGCCCUGGGAGGGCUCACUAGACAUGUUCUCUAUCAAGCAAUUCCGGGCCAAGGCCCAGCUGAUCUCAGGACACAGCUGUCAGCUUGUCCAGGCUCUGCCGGAAGUCAUUCGCUCAGCAGGCUGCCUCCCUCCAAAUGACCUCUGGGAUCUUCUAGAUAGCAUGUCCCCAGCCAGAGUCAAGGACAUCUGUGUGGUCAGACUGUGUCCCCGUGGGUCUCGGGACAUCCAGAACUACCGCCUGCUCUAUUCCUACCUCAACAACAAGCAGCGCCACUGCCUGGCGACUGUGCAGCAUGUGAAGACGGUCCUGAUGCCCCUGCCCGCCUUCCAGCCUCUGCCAGCCAGACUGCGCCCUCUGGGGGGCCCAGGUCUUGAAACCACGCAUACGAGCCUGUUACUGGCGGUCUUGUUCCCGAAGGAUGGGCUUCCAGACACAGCUCUGUCUAGCCCUCUGUGGAACAAGGUGCCAAAGACUGUUUCCUUCAGCAAAAAAGUGGAGAGGAGAUGCUACCAUCCAGAAGACAGGACUUCAGAGGCCACCCUGGGAGGAUCACCUUCCCAUGAGGAGGCCCCAAAGCAGAGCUUGGUCAAGGGCAGCCUGGCUCCAAGUGUUUGUGCUUGGCAGAGUCUCCCCAGAGGCAGGGGGAGGCAGGAGCAUGGAUGGGGACAGCAGUCCCCAGAAGCAAGCUGGUGCUACCCUAAACGUCCCAAUUCAGGUGGACCAGUUUUCCCUGGCAUUGGUCAUGGGCAGCACCGCCAUAGGGCCUCCUGCUUCCACCAAGGCCUCCUCCAGCACCUCAAGGUCCUAGUGACCAUGAGUCACCAGUUCCAGGCCUCGCUGUGGCCCCCAGGACAGGAGCCCCUCCUCCCAUCCUCACCAGUAUCUGCAGUUCCACGUCCCCCUGGGCCAAUCCCAAAGCCUUCUCUGGGCCCUAUGGAUGGAGGUGGCUCUGAGUGUCCCUGGCCAGAGAGGCCUGACCCUUUGGACCCACCAGAACAGGAGUGUUCAUCCCCUUACCAAAGCUGAAAGACAGGGAGGGCGAAUCAGCUCUCCCCACCUGCCCAGUUUGUAUCCGUUCUGCAACCUGUUUGAUGUUGGUUUUUGGUUCAAUAAAA